GGUCGCAGCCGCAGCCGGGAUUGGGACACCGGGUGAAGUACACCUCAGGGCUCAAUGGCCUCCUGGGGCGAGCGGCUAGCAGGCGUGCGCGGGGUGCUGCUCGACAUUUCGGGCGUGCUGUAUGACGGCGGCGCGGAUGGUGGCACGCCAAUCGCCGGCUCGGUGGAGGCGGUGGCGAGGCUGAAGCGGUCCGGGCUGAAGGUUAGGUUCUGCACCAACGAGUCGCAGAAGUCCCGGCGGGACCUGGUGCAGCUGCUGCGGCGCCUGGGCUUCGACAUCGCCGAGGGAGAGGUGACGGCCCCCGCCCCGGCCACCUGCCUGAUCCUGCGGCAGCGGGGCCUGCGGCCACACCUGCUCGUCCACGAUGGAAUCCGCUCGGAAUUCGACCAGAUCGACACGUCCAACCCAAACUGUGUUGUGAUCGCAGAUGCCGGAGACGGGUUCUCUUACCAGAACAUGAACAGAGCCUUCCAGCUGCUCAUGCAGCUGGACAAGCCCGUGCUCAUAUCGCUGGGGAAAGGGCGCUACUACAAGGAGACCUCUGGCCUGAUGCUGGACGUCGGGGCCUACAUGAAGGCUCUCGAGUAUGCCUGCGGCAUUGAGGCCCAAGUGGUGGGGAAGCCUUCUCCUGAGUUCUUCAAGUCUGCCCUGCAAGAGAUUGGGGUGGCAGCCCACCAGGAAGCGCCCGAGAGAACAAAUUCUCCAGGUGGCCUGUCGUGGAGCAGGAACUGGCCGCUGUGAACGCGAGUGACAAGCACCAGCAUUUCGCCCGACCCCAGCGGAUGAUGCCUUGAGCAGCCCUACCCCCAACAGAGCAGAACAGCUGUCUCUGCCUGGACAGACAGGCCCGAGGCUGGCCAGCGCCGUGUCCUCCUUGGCUGCAUUCCGGUGCCUCUCGGCUGGCUCCUUCCUCCCGUUUUUUCAUUUGGGGCAUUUUCCAGUUACUAGCCGUCGCUACCUUCCACGCUUGGCAGGAGCGGCUGCCCUCCCACACCCGGGAGAGCAGAGGCCUUGCAGGUCAGGUUAACUUGGGCUUCUCUUCCGGCAGGAGCCAGGGCUGAGGGUGCGGGGGCCGUCCCCUGGCCCUCCUGUCUGCUGAGGCGAUGGCCACUGCCCAGUGGCCCCCCCUGCCCUGGGGUUGCGGGAGCUGUUUUCUCUGGUGGCUCCAGCCCGUGUGGCCGAGCAGAUUCCUGUUUACCUCCCUCAUUGUCAUUCUGUCUCUCGCCUGCGCAUCCUCUCGCCCCUGACAGGCCGCUGAGUGGCCGCCGGGCUCUUCAUCAGCCUCA